AUGGCUAUCUCAAUCCUCAAAGGAGAUCAGAAGCGGGUAUACAUAAGAAAUCAAAAUCUCAAGAACAAAGGAAAACAAGGAAAAUCAUGUUUCGGUUUCGGUUUCGGGUUCUGUUUCUCCUUCGAUCCUCCAAACAGGAAAGAAAACAUGCAUGCAGCCAAGAAGGAAGAGAAGAGACCUUUCACCUUCCAAUUGGCUCUGCUCCACACCCCUCCCCGGCAGAAUGCAGGAGGGACAGGGUCCCGAGCCAAUAAUGGCGCGAUCAAACACGCACAAAGAACUAUACAGAAGCUCAAGCAACAAGGAGAAAACCAGAUCGUUUCCGAUCUGGGUGUCCGACUAAACCAAGGUGGUCUCUUUCCGGGGCGCAUCCAGGCAGGCCCUGAGCCAAUUUCCCAAAUUUUCAAAGUCAAGGACGUAGGGCAAGCUGUUGUGGGUGUUUAG